AGAUUGAAUAGUGUGUACAAAAUCAUACGAAUGUUUCGAGAGAUAAAUAUUCCCUCAGUGUGGCUCCGACCUGCUCCGACGGAUCGGCAUUCACACUUCUAGCGUCUUUAUAACCAAUAUUCUAACCGACAUUUUAUUAAACUUAAAAACCAGUGAUAAUCAAAGUGUUUAUUUCUUUAAAAUGGGAAAGAAAAACAGAGAAAAGAAUUUAGGCCGAGCAUUAAUAAAAGAUCGUUUUGGAUCUAAUAAACGUAGCCAAGUGUCUGAUUCUUAUCUUCAUACUAUUGAUAUGCAGGAUGGAUAUGAUUGGGGUCAGUUAAAUCUUAAUUCAGUUACAGAAGAAAGUUCCUUUCAAGAAUUCUUAUCUACAGCAGAAUUGGCAGGAACAGAAUUUCAAGCAGAAAAAUUAAAUAUUAAAUUUGUUAAUCCUAAAAGUGAAAUUGGCAUACUAUCUAAAGACAAAAAGAAAGACAUUGAAAAAUCACAUGAAAAAAAUAAAGAGUUUCUGAAAAUUCCAAGAAGACCACAAUGGAAUAAAUCAAUGUCAGCUAUUGAAUUAAAAACUAAAGAAAUAGAAGAAUUUUUGGAGUGGAGAAGAAAAUUAGCAUUGUUGCAAGAAAGUAAGGAGUUAAUAAUAACCCCGUAUGAAAAAAAUUUAGAAUUCUGGAGGCAAUUAUGGAGAGUGAUUGAGCGGAGUGAUGUUAUUGUUCAGAUUGUUGAUGCACGCAAUCCUUUACUUUUUCGCUGUGAAGAUUUGGAACAAUAUGUAAAAGAAGUGAAUUCUAAUAAGCAAAAUGUAGUUUUAAUUAAUAAAGCUGACUUUUUGACAGAAUAUCAGAGACAAAUAUGGGCUGAUUAUUUUUCAAAAAAAACAGUAAGAGUAGCUUUUUUUUCAGCUACUCAAGCUACUCAAAAAUGUGAUGGCAAAAAUGACGAAUCUGAAGAAGAAACUUUGACUAAAGUAAAUGACUCUGGCAAAACAGUUGAUUCUUCAGAAGAGACUGAUUUAAAAGAUUCAUCAAGCUCUAUCUUUUGUGAUGAGUCAGAAAAAAUAAAAAAUCUUACUAUAGCUAAAAAUGAAAUGUAUGUUCAAGAUAAAGUACAUAAAACAUGUAAAGAAAGCAAAGAAAUAAUUAAUUCUUCUUGUUUGUUAACAAGGGAAGAAUUAAUUGCAUUCUUCAAGUCGUUCUACUCAUCCGAGUCAGUUACAGAAAAUAUAACAAUAGGACUAGUUGGAUAUCCCAAUGUGGGUAAAAGUUCAACAAUAAAUGCUUUAUUGUUAGAUAAAAAAGUAUCUGUUUCAGCAACUCCAGGAAAAACAAAACAUUUUCAAACACUAUACUUAGAUAGAGAAUUAUUACUCUGUGAUUGUCCAGGUCUUGUCAUGCCCAGUUUUGUUAGUACUAAAGCUGAAAUGAUAUUAAAUGGCAUUUUACCAAUAAAUCAAAUGAAAGACCAUGUGCCACCUAUGAGUUUAUUAGGUACACUUAUACCAAGGCAUAUUAUAGAAGAUGUUUAUGGAAUUAUGAUUCCACGACCUAUAGAAGGAGAAGAUCCAAACAGACCACCCAUUGCAGAAGAAAUCCUCAAUGCACACGGCUUUAAUAGAGGAUUUAUGACGCAAAAUGGACAACCUGAUAAUGCUCGUUCAGCUCGAUAUAUACUUAAAGAUUUUGUCAAUGGUAAGCUGCUGUAUUGUGCAGCCCCACCGGGCAUUGAUCAAAGUACAUUUCAUUUAUUCCCAUCAAUUACAAAAAAAACUCGAUCUACUGGAGACUUGCCACCAAGAGCCAUCAGAGCAGCAAGAAUAACAAAACCCAGUAGUGAAGAUGUAGAUAACGCAUUUUUUCAAAAUAAUAAAAGCACUGUACAUGUGAAAGGAAAAACUCAUAUUAAAAAACAACUUCAAACCGAUUCUUACACAGCAAGUGGAUCUUUAUCUAGUGUAAAUACCAUAGAAAAACCUUGGAAAAUGAAAAAAUCUAAAAAACGAGAAAAAACUCGAAGAACAUAUGCUCAUCUUGAUCAGCAUUGAAAAUCAAUUCAAAAGUGAUAUUGU